AUGCGGGUUGAUUAUCACAUGAGUUCUAAUGCAGUUGUAAAUGUUUGUGCUCAAACUGUGUGUGUCACCGGUGCCGGAGGUUUCGUUGCAUCUGGGAUCGUGGAACUACUCCUACGGAGAGGCUACACUGUCAAAGGAACUAGCUGGAAGGAGCUAAAGAGGUUAACUUUAUGUAAAGCUGAUCUUCUUGAUAUCCAGAGCCUCAAAGAAGCCAUUUACGGCUGCAAAGGCGUUUUUCACACCGCAUGUCCCAUUUCUAAUGAUCCGGAGCAAGUGGUGAAGACUGCGGUGAAUGGAACAGAGAAUGUAAUUAUUGCGGCAGCGGAAGCCAAGGUUGGACGCGUGGUGUACACGUCGUCAAUUGGUACGGUGUAUAUGGAUCCUAACAAGAGCCCUGAUGCUGUGGUUGAUGAAUCUUGUUGGUCUGAUCUUCAGUUUUGCAAAACCACCAAGAUGGCUCUCUCCUCUCUUCCUUCAUCUUUGACCGAACUUCCUAUUACCAAUGAUGCCUCAUUUGCCAACAGAACUCUCAUUGUGAUAAAUGUAGCCACUCAAGCUCCCCUCAAACUCACCGAAACCAUCUACUUCCCUUGGAAAAAACAAUUUGAUGCCUUAUUAAUUGGCUAUGAUCUAUAUGGUUUUAUAGAUGGUACCUUACCUUGUCCCCCAUCUAUGCUUUCUACUCAAGAAACCUCAUCCAAUCCUCCCUACACGUUCGGGGUGCGACAAGACUCCCUCCUUCUAAGUGCUAUUCUUACAUCCUUAUCCAAAGAUGUAUACCAUUUUGUCUCCUCAACAGAAACCUCUCGUGAAGCUUGGCAAAAACUGGCUCUUACGUUUGCUAAGCCAUCUUGCCAAAGGUUGAUGCACCUCCGUGAAUGUCUGAUUCGGCCUCAAGGAUCUCGGUCUCUUCCUGAAUAUUUGAAUGACGUCAAAAGUGCAACCGAUGAACUUGCACUAAUCAAUCAUCUGAACUAUAUGAAAAGCUUGUCAAACAUGCUAGCUACAAGAAAAGGAUUGCAACCCGAUCUUGUUGUGAUCCUUUGA